AUGUCAGCUCCAACCGUAACGAGUGCAGAUCAGCAACUCAUCAAUAAGUUUGCUCGGUUACAUCAGAAUUUCACCCAAAUCAAGGAAGAGAUCAAAGAGCUCUCGAAUGACUUGCUUAACAUUAAUGAAGCUGCAGAUGAAAUCAUGUUGUUGGACGAUGAAGACAGCGGAUCGAUUCCUUUCAAGAUUGGACAAACAUUCGUUCAUUUCGAUAGUGUGAGUGUUUUACAAAAGUUGUAA